AUGACUGCCACCUCCAUGGCUGAGAACGUGGAGAAGUCACAGAGUGCCAAGGAAGAGAGGAAGCUAAGAAAACCACUUAUUGAGAGAAAAAGACGUGAAAGGAUAAAUAACUGCCUGGACCAGCUGAAGGAAACGGUGGUGGGAGCCUUUCAGCUUGAUCAAUCCAAACUGGAGAAGGCUGACAUUCUGGAAAUGACGGUGAAACAUCUUCAGAACAUCCAGAGCAAUAAAUUAGCUGCUGACCCGACCGUGGGCCUGGAAGCCCAGCAGAGAUACAGCACUGGGUAUAUCCAGUGCAUGCACGAGGUGCACAACCUACUGCUCACCUGUGAGUGGAUGGACAAGACGCUCGGCUCACGUCUGCUCGACCACCUGCUCCGGUCGCUGCCGCACGCCACCGAGGACCUCCAGGCCGUGCCAGGCACCGUCACCCCGCCGCCGCAUCAAACACACAAGAACCAGGGUGAUGGAAAGGUAGCACCCCCUGCCAGGGGGUUCUGCAGCUCUGGGGUGGAGAGCCAGUGUGAGGACAGGGCCCAGUUGCUGAGCACCAGCAGGGAGAGCGAGCUCCUGGUACCAGAGAACCCCCUGCUGAACCGUCGACACAUAGUCACCCUUGACAUGUGGAGGCCGUGGUGA